GUACAGCCACAGUCCUCAGUACGACGCUAAAUAUUGCUGGACGCGGACGCCGCAUCCGCUAGCUUCUCCCGCCGCGCCUAAAUUCUUAUCUCUUAUCAGUAUAACUAACAUGAUACACCGCAUUACCUCACGAGCACUGAUAGUGUGUGAUACGCGAUAAACGAUUUAUUCCUUCGAACAUUACUCAUUAUCAAAUCCUCAAUCUCUAUUGUCCAUUCGGAUAUGUGAGAACGAUUUCCAAAAGUUUUGUAAAGUGCGCCAGAGGAACUAAAACAAUGAAGGUGCUAUUGUUGGUUGUAUUUUGCGUCGCGUCAGUGAAAUGUCAGUGCAGCACAAAAGAAAGUUUGAAUAUAACGAGCGGGGAACUAUUCUCCAACGGUUCAGUGUUACACGACGGCAUCGAAUACGUGAAGUCAUCCUGGUAUGAGGUCGUGGAAGAUGGAGUGUCUUCCCUGAUGGGUUGCCCGUGCAUUGGCCGCGUUUGUUUGUGGAAGUGCUGUCCAAACGGGCAGUCUCUGAAUUUUCUGAGGAAAUGCCAGGACUCUGAUACGUUGGGUGUGGAAAGCUUCUUCAGCCCACCUGUGUUCAAGGGGGUGGACCGAGUUAACGUGUUGGCACACGAAAAAUUCUUCUACAUAUCCAAUUUACUCUGCGACGAAAAGUACAUGGUCGAUCCUUCAUUACCUUACGAGGAAUUUUACAUUCAAGAGAGUACCAACUGA